UUUUUUUCAUUUGCCGCUAAAGUGAAAGUGCAGACAGAAGAGAGAAAAGAGAGAGAUACAAUCGAAGUUCCAAGGUUUCUAGUUCCCGGAAAAUGGAGAUUUCUCCGGCGGAAGACAAGCUCGUUGGCUCCGGUGAAGCUGUUACUCCAGAAGAAUCAACCAUACCAAACAAAGCUGUAGAUAUUUGUCGGAUUUGCCAAUCACCGGAGGAACCAGACAAUCCGUUGAGACAUCCGUGCGCAUGUCGAGGCUCUCUCAAGUAUAUCCACUCAGAUUGUCUUUUUCUCUGGCUCAAUCGCCGUAAACGCAACCAUUGCGAGAUUUGCAAACAUCGCUACUCAAUUGUGCCGGUUUAUUCCGAGAACGCUCCAGAGAGACUACCAUGGCACGAAUUCUUAAUGGGAUUGCUAAUGAGAGCAUUACGUUUCAUGAACCUGAUGCUUCCUUGGGUUUUCAUGAUUCCUUUCAACGCAUAUUGCUCUUCUUUUCGUCCUUGGGACAGGGAAGGUGUGUUUGUGAACCAGACUGUUUUUGAACUGUCCUUGAAAUUUCCUGGUCUGUUUUACACUGCUGAGAUAGUGUCUAGUACCACCGAGAUGGUUGUUCAAAUGGAAAUCAUAAGAGUGCUUUUAAGGAGACACCCCGAGUUCUUACGUCGUAUGAUCAUCUUAGAGAAUGGUCUAAAAGAUAGAGAUGUUACUGGAAUUGUGCUGCUGUUAGCGAAUCAUUUGCAUAUUCUGUGUGAUUGGUGGCAUGAUCAGCUCUUACACUUGCCAUUUCUCCAUAUCUUUCAGAGGGGACCUCUUGCACUAGUGUUUGUUCCUCGAAACACGCCGCUUCAUCAAUUUGGAGCCAUAAGAAGGUUUUUUUCCUUUUUGAGUGACAACACUUUUGCUGUUCUUGCCAUCAACAUCUAUUGGUCUUUCUUCAGCGUUCUUUUACCAUUUUCGAUUGGACGAGUUGUCUUAGUUCUCCUACGUUGUUUCUCACUCGGUUGGAUUGCAGAAAAUGCAUCUGAAGUGGCUGCUGGAGAUAUGGUUAUACGCUCAGUUUUAUUGGCUUUCCUUGGAAGUGUCUUUACCCUGUCUCGAAACACGUAUCUGAGAUGGUUUUCACCGUCAGUUAAGGAUACAUUCAUCUUGUGUUUCAAACUCGUUGUUCUGCCUUGGUUACUUGGUUGCUGGCUAUAUUUCUGCACUUUCCCUAUACUGAGAAAGACAGCUUCCCACAGCGUUGAGGUUCUUUCAGACUAUCCACUCAUGGCUGACAAACAUUGGUUAAUGGGAACGUUGUACUUGGUAGUUGCUUUAAGUUGCAUGGAGCUUAUCCAAAAGAUAGUUCAGAAACGAGCCUUUUGGUAUCUGCUAGAUGUUGCAGAACCAAACUACAAAAUCACCAAACUCCAUCUUGGUCCCUUUCUCUUGGCGUUUGCUUUCCAUGGGGCAAUGGUGGUGAUUGUGCUUCACUUACCAAUAAAAACAAUCAGUCUCAUCAGCCAGUCCUUUUUCCCUCUCCAAUUUGGGGUGUACGAGGAUGAGUUUGUGCUUGGCUUACUUGUUGCUUAUACGGGCCUAAUAAUCUUCGGUCCCCGGUGGUUAGCCAAUUUAAUUAGACCAUCCAUCAGACCCAUAGUUCACAAAUGGGUUAUCACUGUCAGUUCUUUGCUCAAGCUGAGUGAUUUCUUGCUUGGAGAGCCCCGAAAACACCGUGCAAAUCGUAAUGUGAGAGUGAGACCACGGUUUCUAGUAUUUGGCAUAGCUGAAGGCUCUAUGGUCAGUUUGUAUGGAUCUCAAAGUGAUACCACCUGUGAAAAGGAUACAAACGACCAAAGAGAUAAAAGGUUUAUGCUGAGGAUUGGAGUGAUGUUGGUUCUAGCUUCUCUGAGUAUGUUUCUUGUUAGUACAACCUUCAUGGCUUUACCAAUUCUAGUGGGGAGGGCGUUCUUCCACUCUAUCUCUUUCUUCAUGCUAAGUUUCGGACUCAAACACGACGAUAUUUGUGCUUUCUGGAUUGGAUUCUGUAUCCUGCGAGGAAUCUAUAUCAUCACUUGCUUCGUCUAUGAUCAUUUGGUGACGGGAAAAGUCCAUUUGCUUAUCAACCAUUUCAUGAUGUUCAUAAGGAAUGUCUUGUUAUUCUCCAUAUGGAUUUCUGUCAUACCGGGAUUACUCGGUCUCCUUAUCGACCUUAUGAUCAUCAUCCCAUCACAAGUUCCGCUAAACGAAUCCCCAGCAUUUAUCUUGCUCCACGAUUGGUUGAUCGGUGUAGUCGUCCUUCACAUCUGGAUCUUUCUGACUAUGCGCACACAGAUCAACUGUUUCGCGACUGUGGUGUGGCGGGAAAAGCUUCAAAGAAUCAGAAGCGCUGGAAUCAACGGACUUCCCUUUACUUGGUUGAUUCGAGAUGUUAUUGGUUCGAUCAUAGUGUCCCUUUUAUUCACUCACUGCGUUCCCUACGUGGUGGUGAACUCUCUGUUCCCAAUUCUUGGAUUUUCCAGUGCAGUCAACUUAACCGUCCAGCGGUUCAUUUGGCCGGCGAUCCUAGCCUUAAUCCCCAUAUGGUUUAGUGUCAAGCUCAUUCGUGAUCUUAUCAUUUACCUUCACCAGCUGGAAUUCGAUAACCGAUACAAAGUGGGCGAGAGGCUGGUCGAUUUCACUGAAGAUCUCGAAAAUCAUCAUCGAAACAUAGAAAUCACGAUGGGCAAUUAUCUUCUUCUCCACGUUAUCGUAAUCACCCUUGCUUUCUCGUCCCUCGUUUCAGGUGCUCAAUUGUUGGUCACUCCUCGUUUAGAGGUUAAGGGUUCUCCUGGAUCUCUAUGUGACAGGAUACUUAUCCAUGGAAUUCCAAGGUUUACACGUAUAGACAUGUAUGCACAUUCACUCAAGCUGAUAGUUAACGCUUCAUCCGCUGGGGAAACACACGUUUGCUUCCAUAGUGAUUUCUCGCUUGCACUUGGAAUGUGCCCUCAUAAUCAAUGGAAGAAAGUCUCUAAUGGUUCAUGGACUCAGAAAAUGUCACCAUUUUUUGACUACAAGCUCCUUGAUGUAAGAGUAGCUGGCUCAUCCACGGUCACUCUGAAAGUGUCUACUGUAAAAGAAUGGCUAAUGUAUCGCUAUGUAUUCAUAAUCCUUGGUACCAUUUUGCUGACUUAUGCUUCAACAUUGAGUAGAUCAUAUGCCUUUUAUUAUGUUACUACUUUUUCGGUUGGUUUGAUCCUUGUUGGGCUACUACUAUGCUUUCAGGUAGUGAAGCAUGCACGACGUCAUCGUUUGGGGUUCUUCUUGUGUCGAUUUCUGGUUUGUUUAUGUUAUGUCAUUGGUCCCUACAUACCUAGUUUCACUCAAAGUAUGCUGAGAGUGAUGGGGUUCAGAGAAGGAUUUUAUAAACCUGUGUUAUAUGUUUGGGUGCCGUCUCUAUAUAUGUGGGGAAUUCUUUGUGGACUUUUUGCUAUCAAUUCACAACUUCUCCUGACUCAAGAUGGUUCCAUUGACGUUAGCACAUCACUCUUCAUUUCUUGGGCCAUAUGGAUAUUUGCUGCUGUUUUGAUUCUUCUGGACGAUCACUGGUUUGAUUUUCCCGAUGACGCGUACGCGAGUGAGUUGCAAUCUGUUCAACAUUUCAUGUCGGCGAUCAAGAAAAAACAUCUGUUUGGUAUUGGAAAGUGAUAAAUUAAACCAUGUGUCUAUAGUUUGAUUUACAUCUUGAAUACAUAUUGAAAAUGUGA